CCGGGGAGUCCAUACUAUCCUUGGCCGUCAAAGGCACACUUCUUAACCUCACUGUUGUUCAGCUCUGCACGUCUACCCUUUUCGGACGCACAGAAGAGAGCUGCACUCAGCUGGGCCAAGGAACUCAGUGCACGCGACGUCCCAUCUCUCUGGUCUGUCAAGCAAUCAAACAACCGUAUAUCUGAACUUGUCGGAAAUCCGACGUGCAAAGUUACAUCGUCAUCCGGCAAUAUCUUUUACAUCAAUGAUAUUGGACACGCGAUAGCCAAGGACUACGCCAAUCCACUCACCCGCUUUUCCAUGCUGGAUUAUCCGGAGGAUGGAGGAGUUGGAAUGUCGCAAGUUUGUCACGGGCAGAAAAUGAUGUUAGAAAUGCUGUCACCUCCAGCGGCUCGUGUUGGUGGUAAAAUCUACUUUAUCAACGAACUUCUGCGGGAACGCUCAGGAGCCUAUUUCGUCCCCGAGCGAUUUUUCAAUGCCUCAUAUGGAUCAUCAGAUCAAAGGGACUCGCAAGAUCUACGACAGGAGAAAGAAUUGUAUGCUAUGGGUCGUGCGGUGCAAUAUACAGAUGCCGGCUUUAUCGUCAGCGAUGAACAAGAGGUCGUGCCGGUAUCGAUUUUCAGGUGUUCUUUUGAAGAUAUCAUGGAUGAGCUCGCAUGCGGCGUCACACCGUCGUCUGAGAAAUAUUUGAAGCUCGUACCGCAUCCACUCCGUGAGAAGGCGAAGGGUCGGAUGGUUUACUCCGUCCCCCUCAUCAUAUUUAUGGACGACGUCUCCGGAAAUGUCUCAAAACAAUGGAAUAAGCACCACACAAUCUACAUGUCAAAUGCUAACCUACCUAGGGAGAUGUUAGAAAAAGAGUUCUGUGUUCGAUUUGUAACGUCGUCCCCGCAUGCAGCGCCAAUGGAAUUGAUGCACUCAAUGCGCGAGUCGAUCAGCAAGGCAGCAGACUCGGGGAUCGUUGCGUGGGACUGCAAAUUCGAUGAGGAAGUGAUGCUUGUCCCUCAAGGUCUGUUUUUAGCGGGGGACAAUCCAAUGCAGGCCGAGGAGUGCAGCCACGCCGGUUUGAACUGUAAUUAUUUUUGUAGGACCUGCCAUGUCGGCGGCACGAAAGAAUACAAAGAGUCGGAGGCCGGUUAUAAUAGUAUAUUUACGGAAGGAAAUCCUCGAACGCCUGAAGACACGAUAGCUCAAGUCUGUCAGCAGUUCGACACGGCGCUAUGCUCCGGAGCUGCUGGGAAGAUUGCGGCUGCGACAGCAUCAACUGGAAUUCGGGAUUCUACCUCGUCUUCCCUCAUUAACGCGCUGGUAGAAUUGGGCAAGAAGCUGCGAAAGCGCGAAGCGGGGCAGCCAGCGUCAGCGGAAUCUGCAGUUCACGCUGCCCUGGAGAAACAGCUCGAGGACAUGUUGCAAGGCAGGACACUCCAGGACGCGAUAAACCCCCUUCUGGGAAUGGACGGACUAAACAUUCACAUGGAUACUCCUAUGGAGAUCCUCCACACUGUUCUCCUCAGUGUUGUAAAGUAUUUCUGGGGCCAGACCGUUUUCCUGCUCGAGAAAGCCAAACUACUCAAUCUUUUUCAGACACGUCUCGACUCGUUGGAACGGGAUGGCCUCAACGCACCAUCCUUGAACGCUGAGUAUAUUUGCCACUAUAAGGGUGGUUUGAUCGGCAAACAUUUCAAAAGUCUCGCUCAAAUUAUGCCAUUUGUAGUCUAUGAUCUCGUUCCAAAGAGCGUUCUCGACGGAUGGACCACGAUCGGAGAGCUAGUCGUGCUCGUUUGGCACACGAAAAUCAACGACACCGAACGCUAUUUGGCAAGCCUCACUCGGACGAUCAACGACUUUCUUAACAUCACUGCGCAGUGUGCACCGAGCAUCCUAAUCAGCAAACCAAAGUUUCAUUUUUUAGUACAUCUCCCCACGUACAUCCGACGUUUCGGACCCGCGAUUGUUUUCUCAACUGAGCGCUAUGAAUCAUUUAACCACGUCUUCCGCCUUACAUGCAUUUAUAGUAACCGACAAGCUCCUAGUCGAGACACGUGCGCAACAUUCACUUGCAACGACACCAUCAAACAUAUCACUACAGGUGGCUAUUGGUACGACGUCAAUGCAGGGGGGUGGGUUCAGGGUGGCCCACUAGUUGUUGCAUACCUUGAAGAUCAUCCAGAACAAGGCCAGCUGCUUGGGAUUCCCCGCGAAAGUUUAGCUGAUCCAGGCACAGGUAAAAUUUUGGCAUCCAAGACGUCCGGGCGUGAAUUCGGCCCAUGGGAAGACACGCGCUGUGCAGAAAUAUUCAAGAGGGACAAUUUGCAAAGACCGUCUCACUCUCAAUACUACCAGGGGGGUUCAGUCGUGACUAGCGAGCAUGAAAAUGUGCAGUUAGGUGGGCACGUUAUUUUUCAAGACACGGUGGAGAACAAGACUCGUGUUGGACGCGUUCGCGAAAUCUUGCUUUCAACAUUGACACAGCGCUCAGUCACAUUCGUCGCUCUUCAGAUUUUUUCGUUUAUGCCUGCACGCCACCAUUUACUUCAUCUUCCGUGCCUCCGCCUCGAGAAUGAGGAGCAUGUUGUGAUGGGAACGGAUAUUAUAUGCGCAGUCAACUUGCAGCACAACUGCCUCGACGCGAAGUGCACAGAGUUGUCUACGAAGCAUCUAUGGCAGGAACGUAUCCAAACCGACCGAACAACGAGCAUUGUGGAACACCAACCCUCACCGGAAUAUCUCCUCAACACAUUCUCUAUCCACAACUAUCAACAUAUACACUCCGUUCUCCCAGAAUUCCUUCGUGAGACACCAUUGCGUGUCGCAAAUCCCAGUGCGGUCCGACAAACUGCUGUGCAGCAAAUGCACGGGAAACGGCUGGUGAAAAGGUCCGGAGGAGACGUAGCGAAUCUGCCCCACGACAAAGAUCACACAACACACCGAGAACAACCUGCAACACCCCCUUCCACACCCUCAUUAUCGCCCACCCCCCCCUACACAAUUCUCCACAUCUGUCCCUCCCCAAGCGGCUGGCCCUUCAAGUUCACCGCCCCUCCAGACCAUGCUACACCAGUGGCAUAUCCCACCACCAGUGUUCACACCACCGACGCCAAUGUUCGCACCGCCAGCGUCAAUGUUUGCACCCCGCCAACGUUUGCAUCACCCCCACAGAUGCCUCCUUGGACGUCUCAGGUGCCUACCUUUGCUACAUCCUCCAGCUACGGCCAUCAUACACCUAUCAUCCGCUCUGCUCUGCCUAUUCAAGUACCUACUCGUAAUCCACUGUAUCCCCCAGCCUCAGAAACUGAUUCCCAUCAGUCAGGUUCCCAUUAUCGUCCUCGUUAUCCUCCGUCGUAG